AUGGUCGCUUCCGAAUUGUCGCAAGCGGCACGGGCUGAAAAGGCCGAUCCUCAGCCGCCGCAGCUUGCAGCCCAGCAGAACAACGACGUACAUGAGUCCAUCCCGCCAUUGGUGAACAGGGUCGGGCAGAGCAAGAGCCCGUACGUGCGAAGCCAUGCGGACGGCCGCGUUGCCUGGCAACUGCUCGACGACGAGGCAAUCGAGAGAGCUAGGAAGGAGAACAAGCUGAUCUUUCUGCACAUUGGCUUCAAGGCCUGCCAUUAUUCGCGACUUACAUCCACCGAAUGCUUCACCCACCGCGAAUGCGCCUCCAUCCUCAAUGAGUCGUUCAUCCCCAUCAUCAUCGACCGCGAGGAGCGCCCCGAGCUGGAUACGAUAUAUAUGAACUACGUGCAGGCUGUGAGCGGAUCCGGCGGCUGGCCCUUGAACCUCUUCCUCACCCCUGACCUCGAACCCGUCUUCGGCGGCACCUAUUACCCGGCUCCCGGCUCGAACAACGGAGGCUCCGACGACGAGGAACGUUUGGAUUUCCUGGCUAUCUUGCACAAGCUGCAAAAAGUAUGGAGAGAGCAGGAGCCGAGGUGCAGGCAGGAGGCGAAGGAGGUCGUGGUGAAGCUCCACGACUUUGCGGCAGAGGGAACCCUAGGAAGCGCUACAGUCCAGCCGGGUGUCGCAGGUUCGCAGACCGCCGCCAUUGGAAGAUCAGAGACGGGGCUGGAGCUUCCGGAAACCGGCAGAACGGCUGCUGCCGUGUCGAGCGAGCUCGAUCUGGAUCAGCUAGAGGAGGCUUACACGCACAUUGCCGGGACCUUUGACCCUGUCUACGGCGGAUUUGGCUUGGCCCCCAAGUUUCCGACCCCGCCCAAGCUGUCCUUCUUGCUGCGGCUGCCCCGGUACCUCCCACCCGCACAAGACGUCGUGGGCGAGACUGAGUGCGCGCACGCCACGGAGAUGGCGCUCUUCACACUGCGCAAGAUGAGAGACAGCAGUCUGCGCGACCAUGUUGGAGGUUCCGGGUUUGCUCGCUACUCUGUGACUGCAGACUGGAGUGUUCCGCGCUUCGAGAAGCUCGUUGCCCAAAAUGCUCUGCUUCUUGGGCUCUACCUGGAUGCAUGGCUGAUUGCUGGCAGCGGUGAGAAGGACGAAGAAUUCUACGAUGUUGUAGUGGAAUUGGUCGAUUACCUCACGAGCUCUCCCAUCAGUCUGCCUGAAGGUGGUUUCGUUUCCAGCGAAGCUGCAGACUCGUACUACCGACGUGGAGACAGACAUAUGCGGGAGGGCGCUUACAAUCUGUGGACACGUAGGGAGUUUGACACAGUCAUUGGAGAUGAUCACGAGGCAGCGCUGGCUGCAUCCUAUUGGAAUGUGCUUGAGCACGGCAACGUCGAACCUGACCAGGAUCCCAAUGACGAAUUCAUGAAUGAGAACAUUCUGCGUGUUGUCAAGGAUAUUUCAGAGAUUGGACGACAGGCUGGUAUUACCACGGACGAAGUGAAGAAGGUGGUCACUUCGGCAAAACAAAAGCUCAAGGCGCACAGAGAGAAGGAGCGCCCAAGGCCUGAGACCGACACCAAGAUUGUGGUGGGACGCAACGGCCUGGUGAUUUCUUCAUUGACAAGGACUGCACUGGCUUUGUCGACUGUGGAUGUGCCCAAGAGCCAAGCUGCGAUAGAGGCUGCAAGCAAGGCUGCUGCGUUCAUUAGAGCCAAUCUUUGGGAUGAGAACAACAAGAUUCUUUACAGGAUAUACCACGAGGGCGUUGGCGAGACAAAGGCCCUGGCGGAGGACUAUGCUUAUCUCAUUGAGGGUCUCAUUGGCCUCUACGAGGUGACUGCGGACGACAAGUGGAUCGAAUUCGCCGACGAGCUUCAGAAGGCCCAAAUCCACAUCUUUUACGAUAGCCCAUCGGCCUCAGCGCCGGAACCCACAACCUCUCGCUCCUCAUGCGGCGGCUUCUACACCACGGCCGAGAACGCCCCGCACACGAUCCUCCGCCUCAAGGACGGCAUGGACACCGCCCUCCCCUCCACCAACGCCGUCUCCGUCUCCAACCUCUUCCGCCUCGGCACCAUGCUCAACGACGAGUCCUACGCCGCCACGGCGCGCGAAUCCAUCAACGCCUUUGAGGCCGAGAUCCUGCAGUACCCCUGGCUCUUCCCCGGUCUGCUCUCGGGCGUCGUCACGGCCCGUCUCGGCGGCGUGACGUGGGUCGUUGUCCGCGGCCCCGACGGCGCACAGGACGAGCUGACCGCGAAGCUCCUGCGGAAGCUGAGCGUGGAAGCCAGUGGCGGGUUGAGGAAUGUGCUGCUGUUACAGAGCGAGGAUGACUUGCUAGCGAAGAGGAACCCCGUGUUGAAGGCGUUGGUGCAGGCGCAGCGGCCGGGCUCGUAUCUGCUCGAGAACGGCGUCGUUCGCCCCAUCACACUGGCGGAUGUGGUAUGA